AUGCACACCGAAAAAAGAAAGAGAGGGUUUUUGAGAGAAGAAGAAGGAAAAGAAGGAAAGUUCAAGAAGAAAGAUUAUCCGUCACAGGUCCAAUCCGACGAGACGACAUCUCUGGCUCUGGCGGUGGUCGUCGGGGACGCCCCCACCCCCACCCAGGGGCGUGGCCGCAUGCAUGCACGUGGCACAGCUGACCCCCCGAUUCGCAAUCUUAUCAGAUCCUCUGAUAAAGAAGCCACACCACACGCACCGCAGGCCGAUCAUCCCGAUACACAAGACCGCCACUCCCACGGUGCAAGACCGGAUCCCCGAGCCAAGGAGCCUGGGCCAGAGCAGCCAAGGAUCAAAACGUCUCCCAACGCCCACCGUUCCUCGCGAGCCCACCGGCCGGCCAGCCCGCCGACGCUGCCGUCGCACGACCCUUGCCGUCCAUCCAUGGAGUACGUGCGUCUGGCGGCUCGGGCUCGUAAUUCCGAGCUGGGCCAGUCUCGUGCCCCGUCAGUAUCCGUGGACGGUGACGACGCCCCGCUGAUUUUGGGCCCCGGCGGUGUGCUGGACCCCUUGACCCCUUGA